CCAGAAGGAAAGUCUCAACUUUAAUCCCACGAUAAGUGUGCAGAGGAAAGCACUGUAUCGGCGAGCAGGUGGACAAGUAACGUUGAGCCAACUGGGCUGCCAAGGGUGAAGUUGCGGUUUACGCAUGCCAUCUGCGGCUGUGCUUCUCAUCACUCCCAAUGUCUGCCUCAAAACGGCGACCACCAUAAUAUUCUUCUUCCAAUCUCUAUCCACUCUGCACUCUUAACUUCUCCUUCCUUAUCCUCUUUCCCCUUCACUUGCCACAACGCUCUCUCGUAGGCCUCAUCUUCUUUCGUCUUCUUUUCUCGCAUGUCUGCUGCCGCCUAAAGCGCCUCGUGAUCGCUUAACCUUUACUGGUAUACAAGGUUUUAAUUCCUUCUUUAAACAAGAUUACAACAAAAAGAAAAAUAUAUAUGUUUAUAGUGUCGCUUUUGUUCUGCAAUUUUUUUUCAUUACUUUAUUCCAGUAAGUGUUGGUUAAUUCAGAAGUGUCAUUUUUAUUGCUGAAAAUGGAUCGAUUUCAGACGAUUAUCAUUAAGGAAUUGUAUUUUGGAUUUAAUUGAAAUUUGUUGUUUUUUGAGCUUUGGUUAUAUAUUGAUAUCCAUGAUCAAGGGAAAAAAAUGGGGACAAAAGAAAGAUUAUGGAAAUUCUGCACUAAUCCAUUCGUGUACAACGUGCUUUAACUUGCGGGAUUUGUAAUCUAUGUUUUUCUGUAUUUUGAGAUGUUAAUUUGUAGAUACUGCUGGAGCUUCUAGCAUUUUUAUUAUCUAUACAGGAAAUCCGCUGGUCCAGACAUGUCGAAGGAUCAGCCUGCCGUAGAUGAAAACGGGGUUGAUUCUUUGCGGGCUGCUACUACUGUUGGUUCUUUGAGGGUUGAUGCUUCACCCUAUGCUUGUUCCUCUCAGACACAGUCAGUCUACCAUGGAGGUAAUGGAAAUAUGCUAGGCACAUGGGGUGAAUGUCUCCCAGAUGUUAAUGCUGAAGGCUUGGAAAUUGGUUCUUAUGGUAUCUACAAUGAUCCUUCAUCAAACCCAUUUCGUGGCCUUGGGUACACUCCUCAAAUGCCACAAAGGCCAUUUGCCUCAAUCACAAUGACAACCCCUCCUGGCAAUUGUCGUGGCCAGCUGUACAAUGGCCAAGAUUUACCAAAUUCAGAAACACCUUUCUACCAACAAUUCAUGACAGCAAACACUGCUUCACAAACCCCAGUUUCUUCUGCUAUGUUGCCAGUUACCAUUAAUCCCCAAGAAGAUGGCAACAGAUUUGGGCCUCAACCAGGUUAUCAGCCUGCAAAGGGAUCUGUUUUAAGAGAAAGUAAUUUUUCAGGAGAUUCCAGAGGCUUUAAGUUUUUGCAGCAAGGAUAUGAUGGGUUUGAAAGCAGUGGGUUGUGGUCAGAUUGGUCAAAACCUGGGAAUGCGAUGGGUUCUCUGCUGCAUUUGUCAUCACCAACAGCUGUUCCAAAACCAAUAAUUUCACUAGGUUUUUCUGCAAAUCAUUUUGGAGUGAUCUGGUCCACACCUCAUGAAGCUAGACAGGGGAGAAGGUGCAAUGACCUUUCAUGCAGUUGUAAUGUUGCACUUGAUACAUUAGGCGAGCGAAAUAGAGGACCUAGAGCAUUUAAGCCAAGAAGUAAGACAGCACCAAAUGGGUCUGUGAUUGAUAAUCACAGGAAUGCAGUUUCUGAUUUUUGUAAAGAGUCUUACAAUGGCCUGGAUUUUUUCACUGAAUACAAGGAUGCCAAGUUCUUUGUUAUAAAAUCUUACAGUGAAGAUAAUGUUCAUAAGAGCAUAAAGUAUGGUGUCUGGGCGAGUACCCUGAACGGCAACAAGAAAUUAGAUGGUGCUUAUCAUGAGGCAAAGGAGAGACAUGGGACAAGUCCAGUUUUUCUGUUGUUUUCGGUGAAUGCUAGUGCUCAGUUUUGUGGAGUGGCUGAGAUGGUUGGACCUGUGGACUUUGACAAGAGUGUAGAUUACUGGCAACAGGAUAAGUGGUCUGGACAGUUUCCUGUCAAGUGGCACAUUAUUAAAGAUGUUCCUAACAGUCAAUUUCGUCAUAUUGUGCUUGAAAAUAAUGACAACAAGCCAGUCACUAACAGUAGAGAUACUCAAGAGGUGGAACUGGAACAUGGUGUUGAAAUGUUAAAGAUAUUGAAGAACUAUGAAAGCCAUUCAUCCAUCCUAGAUGAUUUUCAUUUUUAUGAAGAGAGGCAAAAAGCAAUGCAGGCAAGGAAGUCAAGACAGCAUCAGCAAGCUAUUCCGGCGCCUACUUCAGUGGUUGGAGAUGGUGAACAAAAUUCUAUUUCAAUAUCUAACGACUUCAUGAAGAAAAUUUCCAAGAGCUUCGCUGAAUCUCUUUCUCUGAAAGAGACCGAAACAAAGUUUUCUAUUCCACAUCUGCCUCAGGGGUCCAUGGGAAUUCAACAUGGAAAAAGAAGUCGACAGAAACAGCACAUCCAAGCUAAUCGGUAGGAAAUUUCUUUUAGGUGUCUUUGACAGGGAAGUUUGAACUUGAUAAUACUCGCAUUCUCCUUUUGUAUUUCCAUUUAUUUGAUUAUAUUUGUAUUUUAAUUUACAUGGAAAUUAUCUGGAUUCUUUGAUAAAAUUGAUGACGUUGGCAUAUUGUAUAUAUACAUAUGGUUUUUAAGUUCUGUCGUGGAACUU